UGAUGAAAUACCACUUAAUGACAUUACUACUUUCGAAUAAUCUUUACGUCAAUUAUAUAUGAGAUUAUAAUUUUGUAUAUGUAUAAGAAAAUUUAUUUUAUAAAUAAAUUUUAUGAAAUGAAUUAAAUUUUAACUUAUUUUAUUUAGGUAUGUCAAAAAAGAAUUGAGAAGUAUUUUCUUGGGUUGGUGACAACUGAGAAGACGAAGGCAUGGGAGCAUUGUUUGAAUAUAAAUAGUAAAUAGAUCUGAGUUGUGAAGUAUAUCCAAAAAAAGAAGAAUGCUGGAACUAGUGUUCGCUGUGGCCUUCUCCGCUGUGCCUCUCACUCUCUACAUUCCGCCCAUACGAAGCUUGAAUCUGUUGGUUCACACCAUCCAGACCUUCCUACAAGAUUCCUCCUCCUUCUCUCUCCCCGCUUUUCUCCGCAUCAGACUCCCUAUCUCCCGCAUCUUCAACUCCAUCAUCAUCCACCUAACCUGGCGUAGCCAUGCUCCACCUAGCUAGCUAGUUCCAGAUAAAGUUUAACCCGUGAGCUGAAAAAAAAAAGAUAUGUAAAAUUAAAUGGCCAAUCAAUGAAAGACAACGUUGAAGAGCUUAUUAAGUAUGGCAUUAAAUUAUCCUGCAAGGACUAUCAAGAAUCAUCAAAUGGACAUUACAUUCACUCAAAGUAGAGGAUUAAUGGACUAUCAACUUUAUCUUGCAUGGUUUAUCAAGAUGAUCAUCACCCUCCAUUGAAUCAUAGAGGUAAUGCAUUAAGCAAAAGACCUCUGACUUUAGUAUCCCCUUGUGCAGUUUGAUAAAUCUUUUCGUUUUCUAAAAGAACAAAAAGCUGUCUUGUUUGGGUGAUAAACAACUAUAAUUACUACCAUGUGUUAAGACCAUCAUCACCAUGCAUGCCUAUAAAUAUCAACCCGUGCUGGCAGUGCCAAGGCUGCAACAAACAAAAGCAAUAAAAACCCAAAAUAUUUUUAGCAUGAUAGAAAAAAAAUAGAAAAACGGGAUUUGAAACAACAAGAAUGUAAACCACCGUCUCUAUGAUAUUUUUGCUCUAACACUCUUUAUCAUUAGGUUAUAUUUACGAGCAUCUGAUUUAAUGAAUUCAUCUCUUAAUUUAGUUGUAAAAUUCGUUAACACCGGGGACAAUCCACAUAAUGGGUAGUAAGUAAGUCACACAACUGAGCGCUUGAUCUUGGAUCCAUUUGGUCGAACCAUCAGCUCUAAUACUAAUAUUGGAGAGUUUUUAACAUCGGGAAACACUUCACAUAAUAAAUAGUGAGUAAGUCAUACAAGUGAGCAUUUGACAUCACAACAUAUCUUAAAACCUUAAUACAUUAAGUAGGUGAAUCAUUCUCACUUAUAUAUUACUUAACAUGCCUCACUCUAACUAGUGUGAGACUUCGUUUCACACUUGAAUUCCAACCGUAAUAAUAAAGAAAAUAUUAGUAAAAAAGGGUUAAAAUGAGCGUAAUUAGCAUUUUUCUCCAAAACAAUCACUGAGCACACAGUGAAUAACGGUCACAUGGGCUUUGCCAUUUCUCCAAACGUGAAAACAUUUAUACCAACCUACACUCCUUGCUCCUACAUAUCCCGCGCCUUACAUGCAGUUCCAAGUAUCACCAAGUAGUGAUACUCCUCCACUACCACCUUGUAUUUCUCAAUUCACUUUCUUAAAUCACCUUAACUUGUUCAAGUUCAACCAUCCCAAUAUAAAUCAUGGAUACUUGCAAGAAGUCAUUGAAGCCAUGGAAGAAAGGUCCAACCAGAGGGAAAGGUGGCCCCCAGAAUGCCUCAUGCCAGUACCGAGGUGUUCGGCAGAGAACAUGGGGCAAAUGGGUCGCUGAGAUAAGAGAGCCAAAGAAGAGAACCAGACUCUGGCUUGGUUCUUUUGCCACAGCUGAAGAAGCUGCCAUGGCUUAUGAUGAGGCUGCAAGGAGACUCUAUGGACCAGACGCAUACCUUAAUCUCCCCCACAUGCAACCCACUUCCACUUCACCAUCAGGAAAGUUCAAAUGGAUUCCUUCCAAGAACUUCAUUUCAAUGUUUCCUUCCUAUGGAUUGCUCAACGUGAAUGCUCAACCUAGUGUUCAUUUAAUCCACCAGAAGCUGCAAGAGCUUAAGCGAAAUUCAGUUGUGAAUCAAUCCCCAUCAAGUUCAUCAAAUGAACCAAAGGCAGAAACUCAGAAUGUAAACAGCAAAAAUGAUGGAGAAGACCCUCUAAAAGAUGCUCAAACAUCAUCAGAGGAGUUGCUUGGAGAUCUUCAGGAGAAAGAGAAACCUCAGAUAGACCUCCAUGAGUUUCUUCAACAGCUGGGAAUACUGAGAGAAGAAAGAGAGUUUGGAAGAACUGAUAGCUCAGUAAGUUCCACAGUGCCUGAAGCUGUGUUGAGAGAUGACAAUGCUCAUCAAUUAGAAGUGUUUUCUGACAAUUGUGUUAACUGGGAGGCAUUGAUUGAGAUGCAUGGAAUUGCAGGUAUUCAUCAGGAAUCAGAAGCCACACAGUUUGAAGCAUAUGACCCAAAUGAUGACCUUACUUUCUCAACAUCCAUUUGGAACUUUUAAGAAACUUGGUUUUUAAAGAAAAGAGAGAAUUUGGUUAGAUAUGGGUACUUAGCAUAUCAGCCUAUGCAAUAGAUCAGAAGGUUUUGGUUCUCCAACUACACUAGUCCUGUUGUUUAUGUCUGCAGAAAUCGAAUCUGUUGGCAGCAAUGUAAGAAUAGGAAAGUUAGUAGCUAGCUAGAAUAGAAGACUAGUAGUGAGAAAGGAGCUUAUUUCAGUUCAGUGGUUGUGAUGACAGAAAAUGGAGAAAAGACUGAGUCUGGAAGUAGUAAUGUAACUUGACUUACUAUUAGCACUUUAGGGAAUUGUUAACUUCUAGCUUUCUUCUGUUAACUCCGCCUUUUGCUUUGUUAAGGCCAGAUAGACCUACUGUUCAAAUGGAACAAUCCAAUAACUAGCCCAUGGUAGGCUAGGCCAACCCCCUUAUCCAAAAUUUGAAGAAAAAAAAUAUGUGCUCCUUACAUUUGUUCCUUUUUUUUUUUUGGUGAUAUCAUGAGCUCGUGUUAUGUUGUUAUGAAUUUCUAAAUUUCUUU